AUGGAAAACACAGGCAACAUUGACGCUUGUGUUUUCUACAUUCCUUCGGUUCCAUUAACCCCUAACAACAUGCAAUACGUCAAGCAGCAGCGCGAGGCCUUCUUGAAGGGCGUCCCUCCGCCGGACUUCCCGGGUGGGUCGGGAGAGUCUCAGUUCUCUGAUAGAGCAACAAUUGCUGAUAUUCAAUCUGAAGCCGGUAAAGUGGCAAUGGGCCUUAGUCCCAUCAAGCUCAAUGGUAAAGAUGAAAAGUCCAAGAAGCUAGGGCAGAACAUGAACGCGAUGUUGGGAUUUUAG